UUAGAAAAGAAAGGCAGCAUCUCAGAUUAUUGGGAAGAAAAUAGAUUGGUUUCCACUCCAGGUAUAUAUCUGAGGUUAUGUCGAAAAACCUCUUUAUGGCCAUAUAUGGACAAAUUCAUUUCUCCCAUCCCAAUGCUGUUGAUGAUAGUAAUGACUAAUGGCAGCUGAUGAAAGUAUGAUUUUGUUCAAUGGAAGACUUGCUUUAAAACAGUAUAUUAAAUCAAAACCUAACCCUUGGGGAAUUAAGGCCCAUAUGCAUAGUCAUACCCUUAUACACUCUGAACAUUGUGCCAUAUGCUGGAGCGAGCACCAUCGAGCCAGUGAUGUAAAAGGUGGCAAAGGUGAUCAGCCUCUCCCUACUGGUCUUACAGUCAAUGUCAAUGGAAAGACAAGCGUAAUGAAUCUAUACUGGCAUCAAAGAUUACUUCCAAGCGAUGUAACAUGGUGCCAUCAUUCACAAGGAGAAGAGGAAGGUGGGUUGAGGGAG